AUGGCUAUUCAGCUAAUCGUAUCCCUCGCUCUAAUCGCCGUCGCUGCGGCUGUGCCACUGACUCCCCACGAACAGCCAAUAGCUAUUCUGAGGCAAGCGCAGGACAUUUCGCCUGAAGGAUCCUACAACUACGCCUACGAAACCGAGCACGGAAUCUCCGUUUCCGAGCAAGGCUCGCUGCAACCCGUUGGACCCAAGGGAGAACGCGCGAUCGUCGCCCAAGGUCAAUAUCAGUACACCGCCCCCGACGGCACCCCGAUCGCUGUUUCGUACUCCGCCGACGAAAACGGAUAUCAACCACAAGGUGCUCACUUGCCAAUUCCCCCACCCGUACCCGAGCAAAUUCAGAGGGCUGUUGCAUUCAAUCUGGCUCACCCACAGGCCGAGGAACUUAAACGCCAUUAAAUAAUGUAUAUGACAUUUAGCAAUACUUAUGGACAAGGCGCACCUCUCGAGUCAUAAAAUACAAAUAUGUAGGUUUUCUUUAUAUAAA